AUGUCGUUAGUCCAACUCAGACAUUUCUCGCACACAGCCGUUGCGGGAGGAAAGCCGGGCUGUUCGCUGGUGAAACCUGUUCAUCAUCGCGUGGCCAUCGACAAAAGACGGUUAUCUCCACGGUUCCCUGAACUGAAGUAUUCUCCCACAGACAUUAGAUCUCCAAAGUUCCAUCCAAAGUUGGUCAAACAGGACCGACUGAACGACCAUUACCACAACACGUUGGCGUCCGACUUGCUGCUGAUCAAUUACAAACACGACCAGAAAGACUUCGAGGGUGUCAAGAGAAGAAAAUGGGACAUGACGUCUCCCUACCAUAUCAAUAGACCGCUGCAGAAACCAAAGGGCCAGGUUGUUCCGUCGCCGGGGAUCGAGAAACGCACCUGGAAGAACGUUCCGCGGUUCGAGGCCGUGACAAUCAACUGUUUUGUGGACGAGGCCAAGGCCAAUCCUGCUGCUGCGAUCGCUGCCCAGUUGCAGCUCCAGCAGAUCACGGGAGUCAAGGUCACGCCGAUCUACGCAAAGACCAACGUCCCGACCUGGAAACUGCGGCCAGGAAUGGUGAUGGGCGGUAAAGUCAGACUCACCGGAUUGGACGCACACCAGUUUGUCUCAACACUGACCGAACUCGUUCUGCCAAGAGCCAGAGAGUUCCGGGGUAUCAACAACACCACGGGUGACCAGUACGGAAACAUUGCGUUUGGAAUCAGCUCGGAAACCGCAAGACUGUUCCCGGAGAUCGAGUACAACCAGGACUCGUGGCCACAAACGUACGGGUUCUGGCUCACCUUGCACACGAGCGCGCAGCUGGACUACGAGGCACGGACUCUUCUUAGUGGAUUCGGGUUCCCAUUCUACGGAAACGAAAAGACUCCUCUCUUUUUGAGACAGGCCUGA